GUUUUGUAUUGUAUAGUACUUUCAUAGAUUUACGUACUUAAUUGAUUGAUUUAUAUAUUGUAGAACGCCUAGAUUAAAGUAGGACGUAAUACUUACCAAUCUCAUCAUCGAUAUUGAUUUGUCUUUUAUCUCUUGUAGGUAUAUUAAAAAUAUAAAAAUGACUACACCAUUCCUAUUAGUGUUACAAAUUUGCUUGGCUGUUGCUGCUAAAAAUUUCCACCUCGGCCGUAGCAAGGGUGGGAAUCUUGGUACACCAAUGGGCUACCAUAGUGAACCCCUACCAAUAGCAAGAUGGUUUAACCAAAAGUUGGACCACUCCAACCCUUUGAAUCUUAUGACGUGGGAACAGCGUUAUUUUGUCAAUGACAAAUAUUAUGACAAAAAGAAUCCUGGCCCUGUAUUUAUUAUGAUUGGUGGAGAAGGUCCAGCUGAUCCAAAGUGGAUGGUAAAGGGUGCAUGGAUUGAAUAUGCCAAGCGUUUCAAAGCUUUAUGCUUCAACUUGGAACAUCGUUAUUAUGGAGAAAGCCAUCCUACUGAUGAUAUGUCAACGAAGAAUUUGCAAUAUCUGUCCUCAAGUCAAGCACUAGACGACCUUGCUUUUUUCAUACAAGAGAUGAAUGAACUAUACAAAUUGCCUAAAGAUACUAAGUGGAUCGCUUUUGGUGGAUCGUAUCCUGGCUCGCUAGCAGCAUGGGCCCGUGUCAAGUAUCCACAUCUUAUUUUUGCAUCAGUAUCGUCUAGUGGCCCAUUAUUAGCGAAAGUUAAUUUUAUGGAAUAUUUUAAAGUCGUUGUGGAAGCCCUUCGUGAAAAAACUGGAGAUGACGAUUGUGUGACACAAGUGAAAUUAGCUCAUCAACAAAUUACUUCUUUAAUGAGGGAACAACCAGAUAUCAUCGAGAAUGAAUUCAAAGUUUGCAAGAAAUUCUCAGAUGCUUCUCCUGACGACGUUAAGAAUUUUUACAACUCCAUUGCCGAUGAUUUCGCCGAUGUAGUUCAAUACAAUGAAGACAACAGGAUUGGAGCUAACGAGGAGUAUAGAAAUGUUACCAUUAACUCAAUCUGCAAGUUGCUUACUAACGAUAAAGAGAAGCCUGCUUACAAAAGGCUUGCAGAGUUCAAUGCAAUUAUCAUGGCUAAAAAUAACCAGACCUGCUUGGACUACAGCUAUGAUAACAUGAUUAAGGAGCUGAGAAAUGUUACAUGGGGCGGAGACGAAGCACGACAGUGGAUGUACCAAACCUGCACUGAGUUUGGUUUUUAUCAAACAUCUUCAGCUGAAGUUGAAGUGUUCGGCGAUGCUUUUACAUUGGACUUUUUUAUACAACAAUGUGAAGAUGUGUUUGGGAAAAAGUUUAACAAAGAGUUUGUGAGGAAUGCCGCUGCUUGGACUAAUAGCAAAUACGGCGGUCUGGAUGUGUCUGUAAGCCGCGUUGUGUUUGUCCACGGCUCUGUUGAUCCCUGGCAUGCACUGGGUAUUACCGUGACUAAAGACAAUGAUGCUCCAGCUAUUUAUAUUCACGGUAAGCUUUAUAUCUUAAUAAAAACGUCUUAAAUUUAUAUUACUCAUCUGAGGUAUUGUUUCUAAGUAAAAUGAAAAAUCUAUUAAAUAUAUUUCAAUAUAUUAAGUAUUUUUCAAUCACGAUCGUUUACGAACUUAAGUUUGUGAUUCAACUUAAUUAUUUAAAAUAAUGUUUUAUAGAACCUGUUACAAGGUUAAAUAUGGUAAUUUGAUAUUUCUUGGUCACUCGAUGAUGAUGUGGUAAACAGUACAAUAUAUUGUACAAUUAAAAUUAUUUUGUCCUGCAAAAAUAGCGAAUUAAAAAAUUAUAAUCUAUUUCCAGGAACUGCUCAUUGCGCGAACAUGUACCCGCCUGCCGAUAGUGACUUGCCCGCUCUUAAAGAGGCUCGUGUCGAGAUCCAGCAAUAUCUGGCCAACUGGAUCGGACUCCCUUGACUCUCUUGGAAAGAGUGCUUGGUACGAAUGUUCACGCAUAAAACGCCUAAGGAUCUCGUCCUGGCUGAAUGCCCGAACUGGUUUCUCGGACGAAAACUUUCACUGAUGGCGAUCUAUUGGGUGGGGUCGAUAACCUCUCUCUUCAAGUUUCGACGUUUCUUCGACUCCCUUGUUGCGUUAAAUUUUAUCAGAAUGCGGCUGAACGCACCCGCUCAAUAACCCCAACCCAACAACAUAUAUCUUCGUUUGUUGCGAACCGCACUGUAUUUUCAUUGAAAUUCAGUGCCAGAGACAAUGUCAUUCGUCAAUUUGGUGUUUCUGCUUUUGUGUAACCAUGUUCUUCGCCAUUUCACGUACAAUCGUACAAACAAGCAAGUGUAAUACGGUAUAUAUAUAUAUGUAAUACUGCCCUGAGGAUUUUAUGUUUGCUUAUUUUAGUUUUGUUUGUAUAUAAUAACUUUUUUAUUAGCUAUAGUGGGUUUUAAUUUAAUUUUAUAUUUUUUUAUUGUAAGGUUAUAUUUGUGUGAUAAAUAAGAGUGU